AUGACUCCUGCGGUCGGCUCCCGCGCCGCAGGUUCGCCAGACGACGCCGCCAGCGUCGCCCUGCAAGGUGCCUCGCUGGCGUUUCAAAAGCGCACGCCACCGAGCCAACACCAACCGGAGCACUCCCGCGAGAAUGGAGCUCUCCUCGCUGCCACGUCGUCGGUGGAGCGGGCCAAGAGUCCUGGCUCUACGACGGCGGCGGCACGGUCCUCCCCUCGACGCUCCCAUCCGGGCCAGCGCGUCGCCGCCGAUGCCUCUCCGCCCGAGAUAGAAUCCGUCCUUGCCGCGGGACUGGUGGUGGCGCGUCUGCAACAGCUGGGCGCGUCUUCGACGGCGGGUACUGCGAGCCAGACGACGGCGCCAACGCCCAUGGUCACGACUGCCCCCCGAGCUCACUCGACGUCGCCAUCGCCGCAUCUGGCCCUGGGGCUCGCAUCGCCGCAGCUUCCGGCUACCGUAGCUGCCGCUAAGAACCCAAGCCUCAUAGCGGCGACGCUGGCGGCGAGCCGUGGUGGGAGUCCGACAGUGACGGCGCUGCGGAAUCCUCGCCGGAUGCAGAGCGUGAAUGCGCUGCAGGACUUGGACGCCGUGGAUUCACAGCCAAUUCCUCCGACGACUUCGCUCAUUUCCAUGUUUGAAGUGGACGAGGCCGCUGGCCAAGAUACCCCACGGCUACGGCAGGUACCAACGUCUUUGACGGAACCGUCUGUAGUGCGCAAGAGCACACGCCCGUCACCGAUUCCCAUCAAGCAAAUCACUGUUGAAUCUGCACCCCCUACAUCGAAAUCGAAUUCCAAGCAACGAACCGGCAAAGGCCAGUCUUAUGAGCGACCGCCGACACCCCCCAAAGCAGUCGCCAAAAAGUCUGCUGCGUGUGCACCUCGACGUCCGCCAACACCCCCGGCAGUCACGGAGGCUGCGCCAGCGCCGGCUCCGAUAACACCGACUUCUGCAUCAAAAGCGAUCUUUCGAGCGGCAGCAAGCAAGCCUCGGUUAACCCCGCCUAAAGUCAGAGCGACACGAAAGGCCGACGGCCCCUCAAAUCCUGUCACACCCUCCAAAGUCACUUCCCAGACUUUAUCAACAACCGCAAUGAAGAAUCUGGAUGCCACUGGAGAUGUCACUCCCCGUCGGAAACGUGUGCGGAAACCAUCCCCUUUGGGAUUAUCCAAGCCGUCAAAAGAUGGCCGCAUUCCUGACAUCGCGCCUCCCAAACAGGACUCGCCUACAACACCAAGACACAAGUCCCCUACUCCUCGUGUCAUCAGUCGAUCAACCCCAGAAGUACUAUCACCCAAACCUACGCGGGUAACCAGGACCGCUUCCCUUCACUCUGGCACGCCGCCACCCGCCAUCAUCCUCCGCCCGAUGUAUGAUGUUCAGUCACCUCCUUCGCCGGACCCUCAGAAACGCACGAAUGCUGAGAAGCGACCGCCCACACCACCAAAGCCACGAAGUAGUCAGAGACUCGCGCCUGCACGGCUAGCGAGCGGUAGGCCACGCGGCAGCUCGGACACUCCUCUCACAAAAGCGACACCCGUACACAGCAUGUGGGGUUUGCCCAUUGUAUCAAGCACUACCCCCGACACGCCCAGAAUCAGCAAAACAGAGCCAUGGCCGCCAAACAGACGUGAAUCCAUUGUCAACGCGCCGCCAUCACCUACACACGAACCCCCGCGGAAGCGCCCGACUCACCCCCCCAAUCCGCUGCAACUCAACUCCAUGACCAACGCCAUCAUGGCGAGCUCAUUGGCCUCGUCGCGCCUGACGCCUCACAGCUCGGGCUCUUCAUCCCUGCCACCACCACCACUACCCCUGCGCCAACGCUCACCGCACCUGCUCCAGACCCUCCGCCAACCCGCAAGCGAGCCCGAGGACGACCACGGCCGGCAGCGGAAGAGCCGCCGGCGCCGGCUGCACGGUGCCAAGCACACGCAUCACGAGGGCUCGCGGCGCCGUUGGCGCGACCAGGUCACGGACAAGGAGCGCAAGCGGUACGAAGCGCUGUGGGCCUCAAACCGCGGCCUGCUGCUCACGCACGAGAGCCCCUCGGUGAGUGUCGGCAGUGGCCUUGGCACAGACCUGUCCGAGUGCGUCGCCAACGUGGUGGUGCGGGAGAUUUGGAAGCGCGCGCGCCUGCCAACCGAGGAGCUGGCCGAGGUGUGGGAGCUGGUUGACCGCGGGCGCAGGGGCUACCUCUCGCGGCAGGAGUUUGUGGUGGGUAUGUUUUUAAUUGAUCAGCGGCUACGAGGGCGCAAGUUGCCGCCCAAGGUGUCGGAUAGUAUAUGGGGGAGCGUGAAUGGCGUGACGGUGUUGACGCCCAGGCCGAAGCACUGA